UUUUAUUUGCAUUUUCAUCGUUUUUAGGCAGAUGAACUAAAUGAGAGUAAUUCCACAUAUUUCAGUUAAAACGGCUUUUAAUAGUGUUAUACGCCUCAUACGAGAUCCGAUCUUCAUUUUGAAAGUUCGAGCGUGUUUUUACAUACCGAACUUGUCGUCCAAGCUGGCCGACUCAACGCGGAUACCAACUCCCAAAGAGAUCACAUAUACCGAAGAACUCACCUAGACUAUGAGCUUCGGCAUCUCGGAGGGGAUACGGUAUCUGAACGGAAACGACCAGAAUCCACACUCGCCUCCAUCUGUUUUGGGAAUUUCGCCGUCCGGACAACCGAACUCGCCAGGUUUUGAUUCGAAUUCUGAAAAGCCAGUCAAUCGAAAACGAACAAACACGGCUUCCAGUGGCAGCGGAGGUGAAAAGAGGACGGCAAACAAGAUUUGUCGCGUCUGUGGCGACAAAGCCUUUAGCUACAACUUCAAUGUUAUCACUUGCGAAUCAUGCAAGGCAUUUUUCCGACGGAAUGCAAAUAAGGAGAGAGAAAUUCGAUGUCCAUUCAACGAGCAGUGCGAAAUCAAUGUAGUUUCUCGUCGAUUCUGCCAAAGGUGUCGACUAGCAAAGUGUUUUGAUGUUGGAAUGAAAAAAGAGUGGAUCAUGUCUGAUGAAGCACGAUUAGAAAAGAAGCAACGAGUUGAAGAAAAUCGCGAACGUCGCCUGGCAGAUGCGAUGGCUCGCAAUGAUGUAAUUGACGAUGAGGAUACUAAUGAUAAUACUGAUAUUGCUGAACGCAUGAAACCGAAUACAACAAGUCAAAUGCAAGAUGCACAGCCUCAGUCUGAGUCCACCACCACUAUAAUCGAAGUUGGCCAGGAAGAGAAACCGCCGACGAUGAUGCGACCUGGUGAUGACAUAUACAGUGUGCACAUGGCACAAGAACAUACAGCAGUUCCGUUAGUGGUUCCUCAGCUUCUGGAUGCCGGAUCAACAGCAGUUGCCCAAUCGCUUGCUGAUGUCAGUUCAACGACGACUGCUGCUCCAACUAUGGAUGUUGAUCCGGCUACUACCAUGAGUAGCAGCGGUUUCAUACCGCCUGCCGUAGAGACUGGUUUGCUUGUCAUACCCCAAAGUAAUGCGGUCAAUACUGUGGAUCCGACAUUGAUGGCCCAAGCACAAUUAGCAGCGGCUGCUGCAGCGCAAGUUCAAGUCCAGGCUGCUAUCAAUCAGCAUCAGGUGAUAGCUGCUGCUGUUGCACAACAAGUUGCUGCUCACAUUGUGAACGCCGCGCCAGUAGCUGCGCCCGUACCUGCCCCUAUUCCUGCGCCCAUCGCUGCUCCGAUUGCUCCUGCACUUAAUCAAGCGCCUAUCUUGGCCUCUGCUCCAGCUACUUCGUUGCUUCUGACGCCAUCCCUCAAUCCGAUAACGAAUCCAAUCACCAAUCCCAUUCCAAACCCCAUCACUCCCAUGUCCGACAUGGUUACAAUUCCAAGAGAGGUGCUUGUGAAGCUCAUUGAAAACAAUCCUCCCCGAGUGAAUUGCACCUGCCAAUGUACAUGCGGUCGUUAUCCACCAGGUUGCGCUAUAGUAGAUGAAGUCACGAAAGAUCUCUUGGCUGCAGGAAAUAAUUCAGCUUCUACGAGUAAUACGACUGUGAGCAACAGUGUCGAGAACAAAGAAGAAGCGAAGCUUGAAAGUGCGGAAGAUUUCCAUAUGAAUGGGCUCCUUCCGUCGGAUGAGUCAAGCGUCCAGUGGUUGAAUGCUUGCGCACCGACUGUCGAUCCAAGGGCUGUAGUGGAUGAGCGGCCCAGUGGUCGAAGGGAUUCGUUUUACUUGAACUCAGGGACGGUUGACACAAGGAUAAACUCUGUUCCUGCUUCAACAAAUUUGAACGCAUUGACAGCCGCUGAUCACGUGUCUGUGAACGAUGUCUUGGCUGCAAAUCAUGUGUAUAAGUCUUAUGAUGGACUGGACCCCUCUCGACCCGAUGAGUUUAAUCCCUUAUUGGUGAAUUUUGCCGAAGGCAGCAUCCGUCGUUUUGUUCGCAUGCUUAGAAGACUGCCAUGCUUUAGCUUGUUCUGCACUCAGGACCAGUGCAUUUUGAUACGAAGGUCAUGUAUACCAUAUAUGGUCAUUCAUGGCGCGCUGUCCUAUGUUCCCAAUGAUCCUCGCAUUAUGGGCCAGCCCUUGGAUCAACGUUAUUCAGAGGUUUUGCCUCAUUGUAUAAGGUAUUAUUCGUCAUUCAAAGAAGAAUUACGCAGUAAUGAGAGUGUCAUGUUGAUACUCGGACUGUUGAUAGUGUUUGAUUCUGAAUCAGUCGGAAUACAAAAUAAGGAUGGCGUUUCGCGACAGUACUCCUUUUAUAGUUCGCUCUUACAGAGGUUUUUAUACUCGCUUGAUAAUAACGACAGUGUUCUCGCUUCCGCUGACUACAGACAUUUAUUGGAGCGAUUGAGCGCCGUCGGUGAUGUAGCAUGUCAGGCUCUGACGAUAACUCGCGAACUUGACACAACUGAUGUCGAACGUCUCCUGCAUGAAUAGGUUCGCGGAUGAUCUUUUAUUCUGUAUAGAACACAUAUUUCGUCUAACUUCCAUUUUUAACCUAAUCGAUCUACUUCGCUUCGUAAUCCUCAUUUGUCACGACCACUUUUUCCUUCAAUUUGUCGUAUACUUUAUCACAUGUCUCAAAUGCCUAUGCAAGAAGAUGCCUCACUUUUAUUGUACAUAACGUGUCUAUUACUGAAGUUAUACUAAAGUUAAGUUUGAUUUUUUGAAAAUGUUAUGACGAUAUUCGUUGGUGUUUACAUUCUCAAUAAUUACGGGGUUUGUAGCAUGUCGUAAGUUCUGCUUGAAUUUCUCUUAUACAUGCUCAUGAUGUGUCAAGGAAGCUCUCCGUUGAUCAGCCCAUUGCUCGUGGCGAUAAAUUUAGUCGAGAUAUAGAGCCCAGAAUUUAUAAUAUCUAGAAUGAGCGCGAGGCUGCUGCACCAUAGGCAUUAAUCUUAUUUAAUCUUAGAAUUUCUAUAGACGCUCUUGUCUUGUCGAUAUCGAGUCCAUCAGUCUCUGUUGUGAUAAGAAAGUAUAAAACUUGAUAUUGAUGAUGACGAGAAAAUUCGUGAUUCUCUCCUAGUGAAAAGAGUGCAUCUGGAAACUCAACGAGCACAGUUUUGCGCGGUGAUAUGUUAAAUCCUCUAUAUGUUUAUGUGUAU